CCAACUCUAAUACUUUUUUCCUACGUGGCCCUAAAGAGGAACUUCAAUAUUAAAAAGGACGCUGUCAUUCUAGCGGUGACACAAAGAGCAUGUGAAAUGCAGUCUCAGAAAAACACGGAACUGAGAGGUUGAGGCUGAGGUGAAACAGAUCCUCUCUCAGUCCUGCACUGAGCUGUGAACAUGGAGAAAGUGUUGGUGUUUUCUCUGCUGGUUUUGGCCUCUCUUCGAUCUGCUUCUACUGAGGAGAAGUUCAUCAAGGAAGGCGGUAGCGUGACGCUGGACUUGAGGCCCGCUCUUUCCGAUCCGAUCACCAUCAUCCAGUGGAAGUUUAAAGAGAGUAUUCUGGCAGAAUGGGUGAAAGAUGUGCUUGAUUUGACCUAUAACAGAGACAACAUCAAACUGAACAAAGUCUCUGGAGAGUUAACUAUGGAGAAAAUGGCCACAGAGGAUGCGGGUGUGUAUUCAGUGGAGGUUAACAACAACGUGCAAAAAGUGACACACAACGUUUUAGUGAUCAAAGAUGUUCCCAAGCCGGAGAUAUGGGUCUCCCCGUUGACAUGCAGCGAUGAAAGUGACCAAUGUAACAUGACCUGUGAGGGGGACACCACCGGGGCUGGACCCGUCACUUAUAGCUGGAAGACCGGGGAUGAAGAGUGGAAAGAGUCGGAGAAAGUCAUGAACAUCACCAAGAAAGAGCAUGGAGACGUGAAGACCUUCACCUGCAAGAUGAAGAACCCAGUAAGUGAGAAAGAAAGUGAUCCACUUCCAAAUAGAUUCUUGCCUGAGAGUUCUGGAGUACGAUAUGAAGCUGUGUUGAUCAAAGAAGUGCUGAAUCCGGUCGUGUCCUCGUGGGGCUGCUGGAGGCUGGGAGCCGGGCCUUGGACUGAGUGGAGGCAGCUUCAUCUGGAUGUCCUGCUCAGGGAUCCAGAGCAACAUGGAGGAGGGUUCUGGUGCAGGAUGGAGGUCCCGGACCACCGUGGGGAAGAAAGAGCAGCCCACAUGAUUCUGUUCCUCCCUGCAGACUCUGGACUCUGGAUCAAAGUGUUGGGCGCUGUGAUGAGAUCCCUGGCUCUCCUCGCCCUGCUGGGGGUCGUGGUGUUCGCGGUGUGGAGGAACAGAGAGACUCUCAGGAAACUGAUGUGUCCGUGUCAGAGCAGAGAGAGUGAUUAUGAAAAUGAAGCUUAAAGAGGGUGCUUGCUUUUAUUUCUUAAACAUGAUUAUAGCACGUCAGCAGUGAAUGCAGUCAAAUAUGAAAUUAAAUAGUUUCAUGUAUUACUUUGCAUAUGUUUUUUGUUCAAUGGUGACAAUAUCAUGUAUUAAUUUGUCUUUUUUUAUACUUUUGUUCCUUAUUAACACACGGGAACUGAUGUGUCCGUGUCAGAGAGAGAGAGAUUAUGAAACUGAAGUUUAAAGAGGUUGUCACUUUUUUUUCAAAAUGACUCUGCCAUGGUACAAGGCAACAGGCAAACAGGACACACAGACGGAAAUAUGCAGCCAUGCAGAGAAACUGACAUAUGGAGAGUAC